CAGCACAACGCGUCGACCAGGAUAGCCCUGACGCCAACAGAGGGCCUUCGACUUCAGAUAGAUCUGUUUGCUAUGGCACAGAAUGGCUCCAGUAAGCCAUCCUUCUCACUCUCGCUAGGAGCAAAGAAGGCAACAGCACCCUCCGUGAAGCCUUCUCCAUUUGCUUCGUCUGCGCCGAAGCGCCGCACAGGGUUCGAAUCCGACUCCGACACUGAAGAACCUACGACCAAAACCCAACUGCUCUCUGGAUUCGAUGCCGAGAAGGGCGCACUCUCCUUAAACCCCCAAGAUGACGAACUGAAAGGACCAAUAGUCAUCCCACGACUGCAAAAUCGGGAUUGGCGAGCGGAGAGCCGCAAGAAGAAGGGGUUAGGAUACAUACCGGACCAGGAACAAAGAGCGCAGGCCGACAGUGGUGGACCGGAAGUGUUUGGGGAUCGGCCACAAGCGUAUGGUCUGCAGUUUGUGGAGAAAAAGGACGACGUUCAGGUAGCGACGUCGGAGGACCCGUCAAGAACAGAGGCGCCUGUUCCACAAGCCGAAGAACGAGUGAGCGAGGAUCAAGCAGCAAUAAAGGCCUUGCUUGCAGGUGAUAAAGAAAAGAGGAGAUCAGAUCUCGUUCUGGCACCGAUCGAAACCGAGAACGAUUGGCGUGCAAGCAAACCUGCAAACGAAGACGAUGCUUAUCGCAUGGACGUUGAGUCGCGCCCAGAUGUAGCAUCACUCGAGGCAUAUGAAGCCAUUCCUGUCGAGGAGUUCGGCGCGGCGCUUCUGCGAGGCAUGGGAUGGAAAGACGGGGAAGGCAUAGGUCGAAACAAGGCAGGAGGAGUCAAGGAGGUUAUCCGACGGCCAGCGUUCCUGGGUAUCGGUGCAAAAAGCAGAGAAGCAGCAAUGGGUGAAGAACUUGGAGCCUGGGGCAAUGGUGCAAAGAAGAGGAAUCCUCGGCUGGACAAGACCUACGUACCCGUUGUGAAAGUGAACAAGAGAACGGGCGAGGUGAUCAAGGAGGACAUGGAGGUUGAGCAAAAAAGACGGAGGGAAGAGGAGCCACGUAAGUCUUCAAGGGAAGCGACCGCAGACGGUGAACGGAGCAGCAGGGGAAGCAACUCUCGGCAGGACCAAGAGCGACUUCGCGACCCAAGCGCAACGACUAGCAGAAGGAGCAGGGAUGAAGAUGAACCUCGCUCUUCAAGAAGAGAGGACCGUGACAGGGACCGACGAAGAAGGAGUAGUCGGUCAAGAAGUCAGGAUAGGGACAGGGAUAGCCGGAGAAGACGGGAACGUAGCAGAGAUAGGGACUCCAGACGGGACUACGACAGGAGUCGGGAUAAUCGACGAGACUCUAGCCGUGAUAGAGAAAGGGACAGGCGUGACCGGGAUUGCAAUCGGGAUUCGUACAGAAGCAGAGAUCCCAGAGACAGGCAAUAAGGGACUUCGAUUUUGGAGUUUAUACGAGGCAGAACUGGGGUCAUUCACUGAAGCAGUGAUAUGAUGAAAAUAAUCGAUCAUUAUAGCAACAAGACAACGAGAUUCACCGCCGGCUGACAUCACUAGCAAGCCAAACUUAAACCACUCAACAGAAAUCAAAGGUAAAAGAAAAUCCGCC